CUUGCUGCAACGCUCAUCGCUCUUUCUCUUUCUCUUCAAUCUCUUUUCCUCAUCCUCAUCCUCAUCCUCAUCCUCAUCGUCGCUGGAACACUUACCUGUCCUUUGCCGCUCAGUUGCAGCACAGCCCGUAAUCUCUCAUCUCUCACCCUCCCCCCUCCCCUCCCCUCACCAUGUCCAAACGCCCUCAACCCCACAAGGACUCGUCUUACACUCACUUCAAGAAACCUCGCUACUCGCAUUCAGCUCCCACCACCACCACCCCUCCCCCUCCUCCAGGUCUCACCCAAAAGAACGCCUCUGAAGUCUUACAGCGCUACUCGGGAUGGCUGCGCAAUCGUCCCCCAGAUACCGUCCAGCACCGCAUCGAGACUGUUCAGGUUGACGGCCACGAUUGCUAUGUCGCGACUGUCAUCCUCCCAAAGAACAGCAACGUUUUCCCAACUCAUGUGCAGUCGGAACGUCCUUUCCCGGAUCAGAUGUCAGCCAAGCGCAAUGCCGUUUUCCGCGCCAUCUGCGAGCUUUAUAACAUUAGCGAGAUUGACGACAACCUCAUGCCCACUCCUAAGAAUCCGUCCAAGCCAGGUCCUCCCCCCAGUGCGUUCAAGGAUCUCACCCAGCCAGUCGCCAAAAAUGAGCCCUCGAGCCGCUCGUCUCGUUCUCCUCCUCCUCGCCCGCCCGAGAGGCCUAAACGGACCUCUGAGGGCGCGGGCAACGGAGACGUGGAGUCAUCUUUCCGCACUUCUAGUAACAAGGUGCCGCUUUCUCGCGAGCACCACCAUUACGGCCGUUCUCACGAAGAAUCGCGAAAUAUGGCUCGUGAGAUCCUUGGUCCCAAGCAAUCCUCAGCAAACCACGAAUUCCUCGCUACGUCCCGAUUCUGGGCGCGCAAUCCCCCGAUCGGCACCCAAGCAUUUUGCGCCGUCAUCAGCAUCACUUUCACCAGACGCUCCGACUUUGACAAACUCUGUCGUCGCCUCUGCAUUCUCACCUCGCGUCCGCUUCCGUUGGGUGAAGUUUCGCUUGACAUUCACGAUCACCACAACAAAGACCUGCGUCACUUUCCGCACGUGAGCGUGGGUCCUUCUGUUCCAGUCGAGCUUUCCGAGCGCCAGCUAGACCACACUUUUGAGUGGACUCGCAAGUUUGUGCGCUCCAUCGCCAACCAAAAAAUCGAUGGGCUGUUGGAGAAGGCACCCUACCUCUUCCUCCCGCUUCGUCGUGGGUUUGCCAAGACCACGUGCACAACACACGAUAUUGCCUGGGAAGAGCUCAACCUCUGGGACUCGCCUGUUCGUGAGCUGGAUUUGCGCAAUCCCGACGAGCUUAAGCGUUCGCUCGAGGACGCAGUUCUGUCUCCUCCAGCCGAGUUCGCCCACAGGCAGUAUGCUAUGCGUGUUCGCUUCGAUUUGACCCCAUACUCCCCCGCACCUCGCAAACCGGAUGUCAUCAUCGCUGAGCUAGCCACCGAGAGGACUCGCAGCCAUACACUGCCGCGGCUUCUUUACCCUGACCAGCCGAUUGUCGAGGCAGAACACGUUCAAUCAGCGGCCAAGGGCGGGUGGGUCUGGACGCUGAACGAAAAUAGGCUACUGCACCACGUCAUUCCUGAGCUGCUGGCUCUCUACUUCCUUCCUGCCUCCGUUGUGCGCACAGGAACUCUAAUCCCCAACAUCAUGAGUGCUCUUGACGAGCACCUCAUUGCGGCAGAGUGCAAUGAGGACGUGUUUGCAGGCAAACUUGAUCAUGUUCACGUGCAGCAUGCCAUUACGACACCGGCCAAGCGUCCCCUCCCUCACAAUUACGAUCGGCUCGAGACACUCGGCGAUGCGGUCCUCCACUUCAUCGCGAGUGUCGACGUGUGUCGUCGAGCCGAGCCGGAGGAGGAGGGCGAAGCCGAUGCGGAGCACAGACUUCGCACAGAACGCCACCUCAUCGUUUCUAACCGCACUUUGGGGGCCUCGGCGGUCAAGGCAGGUAUCAUCAAGUACGUGCGUACCCGCGUACCCAAGCGCCGCGAUUACUGCCCUCCAGGGUGGAUAGUUGAAGAUGACGGGGCGCUGCAUGACGAGAACAUCUACUCUGACUCGCUUGGAGGCAAGAUUGCCGGUGAUGUGGUGGAGGCACUCCUCGGCGCAGCCUACCUCUCGGGUGGCAUGACUCUCCAGCCUGCCCUGGACGCGAUCCACACACUGCACAUCCCCAUCCACUUGAGGUCAGUGGAUGAGUUGCAGACUAGGCAGGUCUUGGACCGCAUUCUCGGCGGUCGUUCUCGCGCGUCCGAGGGGCGUUUGGCCGUGCUAGACUACCAGUUCAUGGAUGCGGACAAGGGUAAAUCUGUCCUGAGCAUCCCUCCACGAGCCAUCAACUACGAGCAGUACUCGUUGCUCGGCAAUGCGGUGCUGGAGCUGCUCGUCACGGAGCAGUGCUGGCAGCACUCUCACCUAACGCCACAGGACAUGACCAAGAUCAAACACGGGUGCGUCAGCAUGGAUGCGCUCGGCGCGCUCGCGGUGGCCACCGAUCUCGUGGAGCAGCUUUCUGUCUCCCACGAGAUCCAGGGGCGCCUGAACUCAUACGUCGCCGAGAUGCGCGCGAGCGAGGGCCUCGCCCGAAUCCAGCGUCAGCGACGGUACUGGGAGCCCGUCUCCGAGUUCAAGCCUCUCGGCUCCGCGUUCCAGGCCGUCAUCGGCGCCAUUGCCGAAGACUGCUGCUUCGACCUCACGACUCUUCGCGCGCUGUACAACGCGCACAUCGCGCCGUGGGUGAUCAAAUUCGGCCCGCCCGUGCCCAACAUGUGCCCCCGGACCCGCCUCCCGGAGGUCAUGGAGGCUAAGGGGUGCAGGAAGUGGUAUACGGCGCGUGCGCACUCCGACGCCCCCGGGCACCGCGCGACAGUGCUGAUUGCAGACGUCUUCGUGCACGGACAAGUCGUGGGGCACGGCACGGGUUCGACUGUUCUGGAGGCCAUUACGGCGGCUAGCGAAGUGGCGCUGGACGCGCUGGCCGAUCGCCUCGACUCACUGUGCACCUGCCGCGCGGGGCGGGGCGAGUGAUCCAAAAUCGAAGCACACAACGACGCAAGAGUCGGAGUGGUGAAUGUGUAACUGUGUACUACUGUACUACUUGUGUUUUAGUGAGUGUGAAGAGCGAGCAUAAGAGCAUGAGCGUGUGCAUGACAUGCGCAUAUCCCCAUACAUCCAUCAACAGACUCCGCAGAGAUGAGAUGCGAUGCAUAUGCGAUUCUAUACUGUACU